UUCAAUAUGCUCCAUUUUCUCCAUAGUCAAAACCCCUAAUCGUACCAUUUCAAAUUUUCAUUUUCUCCAUAGCCAAACCUUUCUGGCGGGAAAUCUAGAACAAGGAGAGAAGAUUUAUAGUUUAAAUUCUCGCACUUCCUAUCUCACGUGUACACAGGGACUCACAGUGAAUUCGAGAAUUGAAAAGUUGCUCAAAAAUGGAAGUUAGCGAAAGCAACGCGAUAUUCGAAUCGUUGAACUUGAACCCCCAGCUCUUCAUCAAUGAGGUUCUUAAUUUUGUUGAUGAUCUCACCGACGAGGCGUUCAAUUACUUCCUUGAGGAGGCUUCUGCUCAAAUGAAAACUGAGGGCACUGAUCGAUCUGCGGAUUUAAGCCGGGGUGUGGCAUACAUUCGGAAUUUGGUCCAGUUGACAUUGGACAACCGGUUGAAGAAGUGGGAAGAAUACUCUCUUCGAUUUUGUUUUCAUGUCCCUGAAGGAUUUUCUCUAACAAAAGCCAAUCCAUCAUCGGCUGAUGAUUUGUCAGAUCUCGAUACUCUUGCGGAUACCGAGCUGGAUGCACAGUUGAAUUCUUUGCGAGACAAGCUUACUUUGGUUGGAAAAGAAUCUAAUGACCUUCGCAAAGAACUUCUUGCAUUGGAAAAACAGUCUUUAUCAAGCAAUCAGUGUGCUGGAUCUGUUAAAGAAGCAUUACAGUUAUAUGAGAAACAAGCUACCACCAAAACUUUACAAGAGUUAGCUACUACUGCGUUGGAAUUCCGUUCUAAAUUGGAGAAGCUGAAUAGGAGAAGUAUGGAUGAAAUUCAAAGCAUCAGAGCAAAAAGGUUGCGUAUACCACAAGAAGACAUGUUUCAAAUGAAUCUAGGCAAGGGCCUGUUUAAUGGAAAACUGGACGAUCUUCAACAGUUUCUGGAUGAGAUAUAGACAUUAGAAAUCUUUCUACUGCAUAGUUAAUGCCCGCCGAAGGUGAGCCGGGAGUAAUACACGUCCCCAUAUCAUGGCAAGUGCCCAUAAUGAGGAUGCUCCCAUUUACCCCUAUGUGGUUGAUCGACAAGAAAUAAGUGGCUUGUCCAUUGCAAUUAAGUAGUACAUAUACGUCAUUUGAUUCAGUUUCUGUUUGGAAGAGAUUAUUUGAAGUUAAAAAUUAUUACUUUUGGAAAA